AACACAACUAGGCUACUUAGCGUGGGGGUAAAAUUAUGAGCUUGACAAGCUAUCAAGCAUUCAAAAAGAUCAUGGCACAGUAUUUGAACAAUCCAGCAGGAAAAUGUGCCGUCCAUCUUUUAUUUGGCGUUGGGGCGUACUAUCAUGUACAACGCUCUCAACAAGGCAUGCUGUAAACUACCAGGUAGGCCUAGUUUACUUGCUAUCUAGCUUGAUAGCUAGCUUCUACCUCUGCAGUAAACUUUUUAUGUUCCACUAUUUCAAUUAGGCUACAGACAUUCAAUUAAGUUAAACGUAUAUAUAUUUGUCACCGAGGGAUAUAUUAAUACAUAUUAUUCCAUAAGAAGUAGAGGAAGAGCAGUUGGAGGAGGAAGCAAUAGAUCCUCGGGUUAACGACUUGAGAAAGCGCAUUGAAAUCCUUCAAGGCUCUAAUCGCAAGAACAGCGACAAGUUAUGCGAAAUAGCGCGUAUACUAGAGACAAUUGCUGCUGAGCACCUAGUGACCCUGAACUCGAGGCAGGUUGAGGUGAUAGCAGAGUUACUGAUGGAGGAUGAGGUGGAAGUGAGGAUAAAGUGUUUCCACGCUCUCCAGUGCGUGUUACAGUAUGGGAAAGAUACCACAGAAGCAGUUAAGGUCCUACAACAGCACUAUGUGCCCCUGAUGCUGUCCCUGGUGGUCCUCUGCCAGAGUGUGGAGGAGCAGGAGUCGUGCCUCCGCCUACUGGUCUCCCUCUCCUCUAGCAGGGCUUCUCACCCCUCAGUGGCCCAUGGCCUCGCUGGGCUCAGCAGACUCAUGGCCAAACGCAUCCUCUACCCUGAAAUCCUGAUCCUCGUGGUUCGAAUCCUCUUCAACCUGUCUGACAACAAGCAAGUUGUUGGAAAGCUGUUCACCUUCAACGUAGUGCCGGCCAUGCUGCGCCUCCUGCAGCCCUCCAACCCUAAAGACACGCUGCUCCUCUGCCUUGGGCUGCUGUCUAACCUGAACAAGCACCGACCACCACUAGGGGGCGCCAGUGACCACAGCUACAACGAGGAGUCCCUCUUGGCCCUGCUCUACUUCCCCGAGUCUCCGCUGCGCUCCACGCUCACCGUGCUCACCCGCCACAAAGAGCCGCAGGUCAAGGGCAGCGCUGCAUACAUGCUGUCCAGGAUGCCGCGGGCCAUCACCUUGCCCCGUCCCGCCAGACCGCUCAGGAGGGGAAGAGCCAGGCCCGGAGUCCCCCCAUCGGUCUAAAACACUCUAUAUCUCCACUUAGGCUAGAUUUACUCCAACUUCUUCUCCACUGUUAGUUAUUGAUUAUUAGUCCUGUAGAU